CAAACAAAUAAGGAAGCAGCUGUGAAGGAAACAGCUAUCCGCCUGUCCCAUAUGACCAUAUGUGAAUGAUCAAUUAUCAAUUGAAACAAGUAGCAGCAGCGACCAAGGAGGCGGCAGCUACUUCCCUCUCUUUCUCCGGUCUUCUUCUCCGGCAAAUCGUCGGCGUCGGGGCCUUAGUUAACUCCACCAUUUCUCCCUUAGCUGAAGCUGGAGAGAAUGGAGGAUGGCGGUUGGGUUCACGUUCCCCGCCCCGCUGAGAAGGACUACUGGAAUCCAACUGCCGUUCAGGAGAAUAGCAAUGGAGAGCCUUCUUCUUCCCAACCGCUGAAGCUGAUUUUCACCUCUCCGGCCAAGUACUGGACCGACGCCAUUCCCAUCGGCAAUGGCCGCCUCGGCGCCAUGAUCUGGGGCGGUGUUGCCAAGGAAACUCUCCAACUCAACGAGGAUACACUGUGGACAGGCAUUCCUGGUAACUAUACUAACCCCAAUGCUCCGGCUGCUCUUUCCGAUGUCAGAAAACUUGUUGAUGAUGGUCAGUUCACCCAAGCUACUAAAGAAGCCAUCAAAUUGUCUGACCAUCCUUCUGAGGUUUACCAACUGCUUGGGGAUAUGAUACUUGAAUUCGACACUUCCCACCUCAAAUUUGACGAGGAAACAUACCACAGAGAACUGGAUUUGGAUACCGCUACAACAACAGUGAAAUAUUCCGUUGGAGAUAUUGAAUAUAAGAGGGAAUAUUUUGCUUCUUAUCCUGAUCAGGCUCUUGUGACGAGGCUUUCUGGAAGUGAGAAAGGUUCCUUGUCAUUUACUCUGUACAUGGAUAGCAAGAUGCAUCACCAUUCAUUUGUGCAAGAGAACAAUCAGAUCCAUUUUCAAGGGAGCUGUCCAGGGAAAAGGAUCCCGCCAAGGUUGAAUGCCGGUGAUAAUCCAAAGGGGAUUCAAUUUUCUGCUUUGCUAAACUUGCAAAUUGGCGGAGACACAGGAGUGAUCAGUGAUGUGGAUGGUAGAAAGUUGAAGGUUGAAGGUGCGGAUUGGGCUGUUAUUCUGCUGGUGGCUUCAUCUUCAUUUGAUGGGCCUUUCACGAAUCCUAUUGAUUCCAAGAAAGAUCCAUCCUCAGAUUGCAAAACUGCAAUGACUUCUUUAAGAAAGUUGUCAUAUGCUGAUAUACAUGCACACCAUUUGGAUGAUUAUCAAAGUCUUUUUCGCCGCGUUUCUUUGGAGCUUUGGAAAAGCUCUAAGAAUGUCUUAGGGAGUGCACAUUUGAAUGCAGAAAAGCAAAUUGCUGCUGACGAAAGUGUGCCCUUUACGGGAAGUGAAAACACCACUGUAUCAACUGCAGAGAGGGUGAAAUCCUUUCAAACUGAUGAAGAUCCAUCUCUGGUGCAACUUCUGUUCCAGUAUGGUAGAUAUUUGCUUAUAUCUUGUUCAAGACCUGGAACCCAGGUAGCAAACCUCCAGGGCUUGUGGAAUAAGGAUAUAGAGCCACCAUGGGAGUAUGCUAUCUCCCUCUCUCUCUCUACCCAGAUUGAUGUUUUUAAAUGCAAUUAUAUUUCUAUAUCUCUGUCCAUUGUUGAUGUAGGUUCGCCUAUGGUUGACAUUUAAGACAUUUGAGGGAACUUAUGCUAACAUGAUAAAGUUAAGUCUACGUUUCUCACUAUAAUCAUGAGAUCACGUACAGAAGCACUGAAAGUAAGCUAACUGGAGAUCAGGUGUUGAUCUUGCAUGAAACCGGAAGUUGGAUACUGCUCUGAGCUUAAGCAAGUUUGGUGUACUAACUCACUCUUAUAAAUUGUGCAUUUUCUUCAACAGUUAAUCAAUUUCAUUCUUAUAGAACUUAAUGAUGGACUCUUUUCGUCAUCCAAUUUUCCUCCAAUUUCUAUAGUGUCGUUCAUUCUGCUAUGCCUCAUUAUAAUCACAUUUCUAAUGUAACUCCACAGAUGUCUCCCAUGAGAAAGUCAUGCGAGUCACCACAAUCUCUUUGAUUUAAUACUACCAGGUCAUGCGAGUGCACUUUGAAGAAUCUGUUUCUUGUUUUCGUUUUUUUUAGCGGUGCUCAACACUUGAAUAUAAAUCUACAAAUGAACUAUUGGCCGGCUCUAUCAUGCAAUCUCAAGGAGUGUCAAGAGCCCUUGUUCGACUACAUUUCCUUUCUUUCGAUCAAUGGGACCAAGACUGCAAAAGUGAACUAUGAAGCUAAUGGUUGGGUUGUACAUCAAGUGAGUGACAUAUGGGCAAAAACAUCCCCAGACCGCGGAGAAGCUGUAUGGGCUUUCUGGCCAAUGGGUGGGGCUUGGCUUUGUACCCAUUUGUGGGAGCAUUUUGUUUACUCAAUGGACACGGAUUUCCUGAAAAAUAAGGCAUACCCUUUACUGGAAGGAUGUGUCCAAUUCCUGUUGAGCUGGUUGAUCAAAGGUCCUGGUAGAUAUUUGGAAACUAAUCCAUCAACUUCUCCUGAACAUAUGUUCAUUGCCCCGGAUGGUAAGCAAGCAAGUGUGAGCUACUCAACAACAAUGGACACGUCAAUUAUAAAAGAAGUUUUCUCUGAAAUUCUCUCUGCAGCUGAGCUCCAUAUAUUUAUUCAUAGCAACUUGUGCCCUCUUUGUAAACAGAUUCUAGGAAGAACAGACGAUGAACUCAUUCAAAAAGUCCGCGAGGCUCAGCAGCAGCUUCCACCUACUAAAAUUUCUAGAGAUGGUACCAUUAUGGAAUGGGCUUUGGAUUUCAUUGACCCAGACAUUCAUCACAGGCAUCUCUCCCACCUCUUUGGAGUGUUUCCUGGGCAUACUAUUACGCUUCAGAAGAAUCCAGACCUCAGUAAAGCUGCAGAAAACACCCUGACAAAGAGAGGCGAGGUAGGUCCUGGAUGGUCGACUAUGUGGAAAGCUGCACUCUGGGCACGUUUACACAGGAAAGAGGAGGCAUACCGCAUGGUUAAGCAUUUAUUUGUCCUGGUGGAUCCUGCUCAUGAAAGUGAAUAUGAAGGAGGACUUUAUAGUAACUUGUUCACCAGUCACCCGCCAUUCCAGAUUGAUGCCAACUUUGGUUUCUCGGCAGCAAUUGCAGAAAUGUUAGUUCAAAGCACCGUGAAAGAUCUGUAUCUGCUCCCUGCUCUUCCUCGUGACAAGUGGCCUAAUGGCUGCGUUAAAGGACUGAAGGCGCGAGGCGGGGUAACAGUGAAUGUUUGCUGGAAAGAAGGUGAUCUUCAUGAAGUUGGUCUUUGGUCGACAGAUGGGAAUCGCAUCCAGCGUUUACAUUACGGAGGAAGGACGGUGAAUGCAAGCCUAUUAUCCUGUAAAAUAUACACAUUCGACAGUGAGUUGAGAUGCAUUAGAACCUACUCACUCUCACAAGUAGCUUCUUGUUGAAUGUUGUCACGGAAUAAAUAUCUAUAGAUCUUUAGAUAGAGGAAAAGUUUAGCUCCUUUUUCUUCUCAGACAAACCAAGUGGGUGUUAGAUUGCAUCUGGUAACCUCACCCAAGAGUCACAAAUUGUGUUCCAUUUGGGGAAAUGCUUAGUUGGUUUUAUAGAUACAUUGUUUUCUCUAUAAUCGGUCUCAGUUUGACAUCAUGCCACUGGAGAUCAAGGGGACCCAGUUGAAACCUUCAAAUACCUCCCUGUUAGAAACCUAAUAUUGUUAGAAACAUAAUAUUAGGGGUUUUAGGAGUUGGGCUGAGCCUAGUAGAAUUAGGAUUAUUAUUAGGGUUU